AUGCCGUUGAUCGAGAAGCCGCAUUGGACGCUCAGGGUUGAGCAGCCUGAGAGCACUUUUGCGGUGGGUAAUUCGCGAUGGACGAACAAAGAUCUCGACCCUGUUCCGAGGCAUGCCAGGAAGUGGGGUGUUACAAGCUUCAUCUCGUAUUGGGUCUCGGAUGCAUUCAACGCUGCAACAUGGCAAUUCGCAUCCAGUAUUAUCGCAAUUGGCCUUACAUGGCGCGAAUCCCUCGGCAUAGUUGCCCUCGCCUUCUUCAUCAUCUCCUUCGUCAUCGCUCUUAACGGCGCAAUCGGUGUCCUCCAUCAUGUCCCCUUCCCGGUCAUCGCCCGCGCCUCCUGGGGAUUCUGGGGCUCCUACAUCGCCAUUGUAUCGCGUGCCAUCCUCGCGGUCUUCUGGUUCGCCAUACAAAACAUGAACGGCGCAAACUCCGUUCGCGUGAUGAUCGGCGCCAUCUGGCCGUCUUUUCUCACCCUGCACAACGGUAUUCCAAAGAGCCAAGGCAUCGAUACGGCGACCAUGAUCAGUUUCUUCAUUUUCUGGUUAGGAAGCUUACCCUUCUUGGUAAUGCAUCCUAACGAGUUGAGAUGGCUAUUCAUGGCUAAGAGCAUCAUUGUGCCGAUUGCAUGGAUUGCCAUCUUGAUCUGGGCGUUUGUGAGCACAGAUGGCGGCGGCGAUAUGUGGAAUCAGAAGGCUACGUUGACUGGGAGUGCUUAUUCCUGGGGCUUCUUGUCCUCGCUUACGAGUGUCAUUGGGAAUUACGCUACGUUGUCUGUGAACCAGUCCGACUUCUCCCGCUACUCUCGUGUUUCCGUAAAGUGGCAAUGCAUCUACGUCCCCUUCCUACCUAUAGUAUUCACCUUCAUCGCCUUCAUCGGUGUAGCGGCCACUUCAGCCGGCGCCGUCAAAUACGGCACUCUGGACUGGGACCCCAUGGCCCUAAUCUCCCAUUGGGAUAACCGCGCCGCUCGCUUCUUCGCUGCCUUUUCCUUCGCCCUCGCCGCUCUCGGUGUCAAUAUAUCCGCAAACUCCCUCUCCGCAGCCAACGACCUUACCGCCUUGUUCCCCCGUUACAUCAACAUCCGCCGCGGCCAGUUACUUUGCGCCGUACUCUGCUGGGCGCUUGUACCCUGGAAGAUUCUGGCGUCGGCUGGUAGCUUCUUGAACUUCAUGGCUGCGUAUGCAAUUUUCUUGGGACCGAUUGCUGCGAUCAUGGUAGUGGACUACUGGGUCGUCCAUCGUGGCAAGUACGACACGCUGGCUUUGUACCAGUACCAUGGUAUCUACCGUUACACUGGAGGUUGCAACUGGCGCGCCAUUGUCGCUUUCCUCGUCGGCGUUGCACCAAAUAUGCCGGGCUUCAUUCAAUCUAUCAACCCUGCUAUCGACGCUGGUGUAGGUGCGAGACCGUAUAGUUUCGGUUGGUUGUUAGGCUUUACGGCAACAGCGCUGGUGUAUGCGUUGCUGGAAAUGGUUGUUGCCCCACCAAAGGAGACGUUUAUCGACAGGGCUGUGUAUCCAGAUGAGAUUUAUGAUGAGGCGGGUGUUGUGGAUGAGGGAAUUAGUGUGGGCAGUGGGGAGGAGAAUAGGACUGAGAAGACGGGGUGGAAGGCUAAGAUGAGUAGGAUUUUGUAG